CAAAAUCCCCCCUUCUCUCCACUCAUCUCGCCGGAAAGCUCAUCUAACGAUGUCGGACUACGGCGAUUCCGACCGCGGUACCGGUUGCUACCGCUGCUGUUUCAGCUUCUUACUAACCCUAGGCCUCACAUCGCUCUUCUUAUGGCUAAGCUUACGUACUUCAAAUCCAGUUUGCUCCAUUCAAGACGUUUACAUUCCCGCUCUUAACAAAACCAGAAAUUCAACCUCCUAUCAAUCCAUCUAUCUCGAUCUGAAGCUCGAUAACGAGAACAAAGAUAAAGGUAUUUACUACGAUCCAGUUGAUAUUACUUUACAUUAUUACGUCAACGGAUCGAAUUCCGAUUUUAUCCGUAUCGCGAACUACACGAUUCGAGGGUUUUACCAGGGGCAUCAGAAGAAAACUCGUCGGAAAAACUGGACGGAUACGUACGGAGUGCCGUGGGAUGCGGCCGUGAGGACGAUGAAUGGUGGUGGAAAGGUGGUUUUCAGAGUCAAUUUGGAGACGGCGGUUAGGUUUAAGAUAUUGUUUUGGAAAACGAAGAGGCAUGGACUGAUCGUCGGAGCUGAUUUUGACGUCAACGAUGUAGGUAUGAAAGUGUCGAAGAAAGGUACUAGGUUGAAAUCCGGUGCACCGGGAUUUCUUUCCGGUGAAACUCCGGUGUGGUCGCUCUUGGUUGUUUUUAGUACUUUGGUUUUAGUGUAAACAUGCGUAUUCCUUUCAGGGUAAAUUACGUUUUUAGUCCCUAUAAUUUAUUGAGAAUUUCUAUUU